GUCCACGUACGUUUUCGGCUCGGGGGACCCAGGUUUCCCCCGACGAUCUAUUACAAGAUCUACACCCACGGCAACGUGGUGGACCUGGGGAGCUUCGCGCCGCGAGACUACCACCUGGAACGUGUCAGCCAGGAGAAUGGCACAGCAUUGCCAGGGGAUUACAGCUGGUAUCAGCGCAUUGAGAACAACGGCUGGAGGCCCCUGGCGGUGCGCCUGAAGAACACGGUGGAAGGCCUUGCGGACGAGGAGAUGGAGAAGGUUACUGCCAGGAAGCCAGCGACCAAUUUCCACUUCUCCAAACUUCGACGGCGAGCAGAUAUGGAGCGCCUUCGAAAGCUCAGGAAGAUUGAGUGGUUCCAGAAGCUCUAUGGCGUCAGCCAGAUGUCUCGGGAAUUGAACACCGAGGCCUCGCCGAUAUCACCGGCGGUGGCCCCUCCUUCGGAGUGGUCUCCUGACGAUGCCUCGGAGGGUGGGACGCCAAGGAGGCAGAUCGUCGAGACUCAGCAGAACGAAGACGACGAUAUGCUCUUAGAUUGGACGAGGAAGUUGGACUUCGAUGCAUACAUGGAGGUCUGGCAAUCUCUUGCCACAAGUGACGGCAGCGAGGGGGCGCUGCCCAUCACCACAGCCAAGACGGCUCCAGGG